AUGCACUUGAGGAAGAGUCCAACAAGAGCCAAGCUUGCCCUUGAACUUCUUUAUGUUGCCACUGCGCACAUAAAUCUCUCCCUUGCCAAAAAUUCUGCCCAACUGCCUCCUGCAUAUUGGCCGUCACACACCCAAGCCUGCCCCUGUCAAUAG